AUGUUUGCUCCUGUCACUGCCCGAGGCUACAAGGGGGUCGAGGAAGGGUCAAUCAAGACCGCUGGUCGUCAAGCGCCAUUUUUCUGGGAACGAAUUGGACUUGUUUCAGCGCAGUGCGCACGGAGGAUUGGACUGGCGGAUUCGAUUGGCGGCAAGACAAGCGAGCAAGAACAGCGCCAUGGCUUCGUGCCAGGUGCCAGCAAGCUCAUGGUGGGCGCAAAAGCCUUCGCAGCCGGGUGGAACGAGGAAAACGAAAUGCCGUGGCAUGAUGGUGAGCAGCCAUACUCCGUAGACCAGAGCACUUCCGUGCGGUGCCUCCGUGUCAGCAUGGCACCGCAUACUCCGUGCUCCGUACUUGGUGAUGCUGUUGCUGUCAACGUGUGUUGCUGGAUGCCGUUUCGUCCGUCAGCCCACAGACAGGCCGACGGCGCUGCGGGCCCCAACUGUUGA